AUGAAUGAAGAUAGUUGUUCACUUGAAUUAGAACUUCCACAAGAAACAAUGAUGGCAGUUGACUCUAAUCUUUCUGUUGAAAAGCAUUUUUUUGCCACAUAUGCCGAUGUUUGCGCAAAAAUUAAAGAGCAUGAAAUGUUGCACACAUUGCAUUAUGUUGUAACUUGCUCAGGAACCAUGGAAAAUAACUUUGAAGUGUUUUACAAGGACAAGGAAUUUCCAUACACUGGAGUACCAUUUAUUGUAUCAGCUCUAACAAAACUUGACUGUCAACAUGGAAAAGACAGAAAUAUUAAAGCAAAAGCUCAAUACAGACAAAUGAGAAAUAAUAAAGCUAGUACCGAUCAUUACUGUCAAAAAAGUAGAGUUAUUCUUCAGGAUACUAAAAAGUUUGAUUGUCCUGCCAUUGUGUAUAUAAAAGAAAUUGUAGAGUUUCCAGAGUUUAAGCUUUUAAGAAAUUCUUUAAGGUUAAGAAAUGAAACAUCUAAAAAACUCAGUGUAUCCUUAGCUAAGUCAGAAAAUGUACAUAAGUCCAGAAAGUAUAUUUUAUUAUUGCCUGAUAUUUCUGUUCAUAGGAACCAUCCAGUUGGUGAGACUGCAGGAAUCAAUCAAUCUAUUUCUGAUGAUCUCAUAGUAAAAAUUGGUGACCUGGUAAAAAAGGGUGUCAAUACUAUUUCUGAAAUGAGGCGACAUCUAGAGUUUUUUGUUCAUGGAGAAAUUACUUCUGACAAACCACAAAAGACAAACAAACGUUUCUUUCCAAUGGAUAAGACAAUUCGAAAUCGUAUGCUCAAUGCAAGAAGAAAACUUCGUAGAUCUAUGAUAGAUCAAGAAUGUUUGCUUGAAAAAAAUUAG